AUGACGUUGGUGAAGUUCAUGUGCGGCGUUGUCGGUGUGCCACGACGCGCGUUCUCAGUGGAAGUGGAUCCGAACGACUUUGUCUACGAGCUGAAGAAGGCGAUUAAUGAGAAGCAGAAGUUCCCAUGUCCUGCUUCCAGACUGAAGCUCUUCCUGGCGAAGAAACUUGACGCCAAAUGGAUGACGGAAAAAGACGUCGAGGACGGCGUGGGUGUCAGCGCCCACUUGAAGAAACUUGAGGAGCAGUCACGACUGCGCACGGUCGGGUUAUCGGCGGCAAACGUACUGCAAGAAGCUACCAAUGACCGAAUCCGUGAGGGACUUCGCGAAGUCCACGUGCUGGUGAGGCUUCCCGCG